CUCUGGAUCAAUCCAUCCAAACACAACUCGCAGUCUUGCCUUUCGCAGAACCAGCAAAGAGUUCAUCUCCCACCACCCUCCAAUGUCUUGUCUGCUUGCCGACCUAACAGAUGAUCAUGGCGUUCCCAGCUGCUCGAGCGAGUGGAAACUUCGACCCCUCCGCCCUGCUUGAACCUGAUACCUCCUACGCGUCGGAUACAUCUGGUCUCCCCUCCUCGAUUCAUCCAGCCAAUAGCCCACCAGAGAAGGCCCCAACGAACACCAGAGAACAAAUCCCGCCUCUGUCGAUCAGAUCACGAGCGGAAACACUUUCUUCGCCGUUGUCGUCGACGACCUCAUCCUCACCAGUCCGUCGAAAACCUUUACCAGCAACGGCCUCGCCCCUAGCUACGAGGUACUCGUCGGGCGAGCACCUCGCUGCGAAUCUAGAGCAACCACAACAGACCUUCAGCAGGCCUUAUUCCGUCGACAGUCCAACUCUUUACGAGUUUCCUCCUACAGCAAAGAUCCCGUCCGCCGCGGCAGGACACACAGAACAAAGUUUGUCGAUAUUAUCAAACGAACAGACUGCUUUGACUCCCCAGACGACCUCGGACCCACCGUCACCCAAACGCGAUACAAACUCGCAACAGGAUACUCCCUGUCACCUCACCGUCCCAUCACAGAAACCUCUCCCGCCGACCCCUCCGUCACAGCAUGCGAAUCUGACAGGCGAAUCAGCUCUCGAUUCUCCGUUAGAAACAACGAGCCCAUGGUACAGUGAUUCCAGCUCAGCAGGUCACUCACACUCUACUAUGUCCAUCUUCUCCGCCAAACCUACUCCGCCACACCGCUUAAACUCACCUUAUGCUGAAUCAAGAAGCUACCCUAACGAAUCAAACGACUCUAAUACUACCAUUCAAAAGUCGCUACCGAAGUCUCCAGGAGCUUCCAAGCUCGGAUCCUUUUUCGGCUGGGGAGGUGCUCCAUCUCCAGCUUCCUCCACAACCACUUUUUCCGAGAAGUCUAUUUCUCCCAUACCCUCGCCCCAGCCCUCCGAAUAUAAUCUCACCCUCCCUGAUGCCUCCAAAACGACAACCACCAGAAACAUACCCACCGCCAUUGAUGUUCCAAAGGCAAACGCAGAAGCGGACAGUUAUUUCGGAAGCGCAUAUCUUCAAUUACCAUUGGCAACGCCCUCGUCACCAAUACAAGUCGAAGAGAUGGAGAAAGAAUUGAAAGACAUCAGCUCUGAGCUGGCCUCUUCUAUCAGACGGGAGAUGGACCUGGAGGAUCUCGUAGAACGUCUGCAAGCAGAGGCACAGAACCCGUCUGAUCGAGGAAAACGAACCAGCGACUACUUUUCGGACUCGGGCACCAGCUCAGUGAAGUAUGGAGAGCCCGACUCAAGACAGGAUGAGCUGGACCGCAUGAUCAGAAAGACAGAACAAGACAAGGCCCAGAUGAGAUUGGAGCUUACGAACAAGGUACAGGAUGAAAGGGCAAGAAGGAAACAACUUGAGGUUCAGAUUCGGAACCUGGAGGAGAAGGCUUCACAUGUCGACCUUGCUUCGAUAAACUCUCUUGAUGUGAAUGGACGGUUAAGAGACCUCGAAGCCACCUGCGAAGAUCUGCGGCGCCGACUGGCAGAGGAACGCCAAGUCAAAGAAAACUUCGAGGAUCUGUUGACGGCACUCAAGAGCGAACUCCAAAGUUCUCAUAAUGAACGGGACAACUUACGGGAUGAGAUCGUCCCCCAACUACGAGCUCGUGUUGAGGGGCUUGAGGCGCAAGCCGCCGAGCACGAAAAACUCACUUAUGAACAAUCAAAGAUGCAGCAAGAACUGCAAACACUCAAAAAGGAAAACUUAACUUUAAUUAAUGCACAGAAAUUACAGACGGCAAUGCAGCACCAGACGAAGUUCGAUAGCAUCGCAGAAGAGGCUUCACCGUUCAAGCCAAGAGGAGCUGCUGGUAUGGCAAGAUCGAAUUCAGUUUCUCAAACUCUUGUGACUAGGUCAAGGCCUGGAUCAUUGUCAAGGUCUACAUCAGUGAAGGUUGCCGAAUCGAGGGAGGCACUGGCUGAGCGAGUGAAGGAUGUCGAACAACAAAGGGAUGCCCUUCACCGAGCACUCAAGAGCUUGCUCGAACGACAAGAGCACCAAAACCGUGAGAACCAGAAGAAGCUACGCCAAUUGGAAAUGGAACGAGAUCGAGCACUCUCAAGCUCCCCCAAGCGGCUAGGAUACGACAAGGAAGUGGCAAGCUUACGAAAUGAGAUCAACGUUCUCCGCCGCCGUGCAGAAGAAGCUAUCGAGCAGAAAUGGCAGUGCGAGAAAGGUCUCAGUGGCUUGAAAAUGGAUCUUGACCGUGCAGAGCAAGAAAUCGGAUCUUUGAGAAGCUUGCUGCAGGAAAAAGACAUUUUGAUUCCCACUGGAACCCUGGACGGGAGUCGGGCGAGAUCUGGAAGUGCUCAUGUUUCCUCCGAAUCCCUCGAGCGUGCAUACAAGGAGCUACAGACGGCCUACGCCGAGUCUUUGGAGCGGGUGAAGAACCUGGAGUUGUCAAUUCCUAAGGAUGCAGAGACAGCUACCGCCAUGAAGCAACUUGAGCAAAGUCUGGCUGAUGCAAUCCUUGAGCGAGACUUUGCCAAACGAGAAGCCGACUCUCUUCGAGAACAACAACAGUCUCUUCGCGACUCAGAAAAGUCUCGCUUGAGUGACGAGCUUGUUCUGGCGGACGAACUUCGUGGCUCUGCAAAGCGGGUCGAAGAGCUGGCUGUCCAAGUGAGGCAGCAACUCGCUUCGAAUGCAACCCUUCGACAACGGCUGGCCGAGACCAUCGAGCGUGGGGAGAAGGAACAGAAGGCCAAUGCGCAGAAGAUCAUGUACAUGCAGAGCAAGCUCAAGUCUCUCGAGGAUCAAUUGAUGGCGGCCCAGCAAACAUCAGAAGACAGAGUCACCCGACAUGAGGAGGAGAUUCGUGGACUGAAAGAGAGUCACAAUGAGCAGCUUCAACGCAUGAAGAGUGGGAUCCGCUCACCACGUCUUUUCGGACCAAAAUCCCCAGUCACGCCCAUAUUUGCGAAUUCGGCCAGGGCUCCGAGAAUCAUGUCGACGUCGUCUGGAAAGGCCAUGACGGUGUCCGAGGACUCCAAGAUGGACUUCCUGAAGCAGAGAGUCGUAGAACUCGAGGCCGCCCUUGCUGAUGCGGAUAAAGAGAUGGAGGAGGUUGUGGGCCGAAUGAAUGUUGCUCAGAUCGAAGUCAUGGAGCUGCAAAACGAGCGGGAAGAGGCAGUCCGCGAGACGAAGAGAUUGCAGAAAGUAAUUGAGGAGGAAAGGAUGAGAGCUUUUCAGGGCCGAUUCGCCACGCUUUCUUCUUAAGUAAGAAUUGCGAGGAUGUUAAACGGUGACGAUGCGGAUACAGAUGAGACACAGAAUGCGUUGGAUUUUUAGAUUGCUUGCAUCGCGUUUUAGCGGGGAUACCCUUACUUGCAUACUCCUUUUUACUAGUAAUCGCAUCCCCUUGGAUUGCAUUUCAGGGCAAUCAAGCAAGAAGGGAAGGAGUUGGGUUUUACAGCAUUUACAUCCGGAUGGAUUGGGGCUGGUUGGGUGGUGUCAUUGCUUUUAUAUCUCUGCGACUGACCGACCUUCGACUGUGGUUGGCGAGAUGCCGAGAUAAUGGAUAUACACUUUGUGGUAUUGUUUUGUAUUGUAAUUACAGUCUGUCGGAGUACGGUCUCCGUUCGGUGAGAGAGAGUUGUAUAUAGUUUGUGGAGGAUUGGUGGAUUGGUGUAUGAGUUAGGGGUGAGAUGAGACGAGAAUGAAUACUC